GAAUGUGAUGAAGAUGCCAGUGGCUUCUACGUGGUGUCCCUGAUGUCGGGCAGCAAGAUGAUCAAUCCCCAGCAGGAUGUGAUUUGUGAAAUCCCGUAUCAGCACAUCGGCGAUCGAGGUGGCAGGUGCUACUUUACCCUGUCUGACAAGACAAUGGCGUUUCUCAAACAGGUGAAGGAAGGCGACGUCAAUCCGCUCACAGUCUUUCUUGCCCAGGAGAAAAAGCCGCUCAAGGAUGGCAAGGAGAGCAAGCAGUCCAAGGAGGGCAAGGACGGCUUGGAGGCUGUGAAGAAUACAGAAAAUGUCGGAUUCAGCAUCAUGGACUUCCCCAAGGGACAGGUUGGCCAGCGCAAUUUGCAGGCCUUCUUCCGCCAGCUCCCCGGCGUGUACGAGAAGCGUGGCAUCAAGUUGCUGAAGGAAGAUGCCACGAUCAGAGUCAACAAGAAAUUGCACACGUGGGCACCGCUGACCGUGCAGUGUGCAUUGUUCUUUGAUUUGAUGGAAUCCUCAAGCGACAAGAAAGGCCAUUCAAGGGCUGUGUUCUACAGAGUGGAACAGUUCAUCCCUAGUGGCAAAGUGAAUGCCGAAGGCAGAGACACUGGCCACAUGGCUUUGCUGUCCUUUUUGUUGCAG